AUGCUGUUCUGGAUUAUUAUAGCUUUUAUGAGCCUAGCGACUGGCGCAAAAAAUAUCAGUCUUUACAACCAAACAAGAGGGUGUCUAGACUCUAAUAAAACAUACAUAAUCAACAUACAUCCACACAUUCAAAAUGAAGUACGAGACGCCAUAGUUUCGCUUGCUUCUAAACUUGGUGGAUUAACAAUUGACGAAAUUCAAGGCGUGGCUGGUGAAAAAGCAGCAGUAACAGCCAUAAGAUCGUACCUUGGAACCAUCAUUGAGGAGCUGAAUACUGACCUUGAAAACUUUAAUAUCCAAGUAAACUUGGUCUUUGAAAAGCAGGAAAUCGACCAAAUCAGUGCCAAUGGUGCCUACGAUCCUUCAUGUGAGCUAACUCCGCCAGUGGUGGAAAGGACACAGAAUGCCUUCUCUUCGCUGACAUCAAAGCUCAAUAAUACGGUUGGAUUCCAUCUUUACAUUUAUGGGUGCAUUUAUAAAAACCCAAAAUUUGAUCUUAUUAACGUAAUUCAAAACAGUAAUUGCGGACGAGUCAUCGGUAUCAUGUGGGAGGGAAGUGACAAUUCAAAGGUUCUGAUUAAAUCUGCCAUAAUAGAGGCCAUAACAGGUGCAAAGGAUGCAUAUGCGAAUGGAUACUUGACCUUAGCAGAUAAAAACAUCCUGUGUGGAUUCUUUGAAAAAUGUAUUGGAAUGUCACCAACUGUCCAUGGACAACUUCUCAACUUUAAGAAAGUAAUAAAGUACACCAGAGACAACCCGUCUGAGAUUCAUGAUCUUCCGAGACGUCAUCGUCAUCAUGCUUGA